AUGGGCGAUGGCAACGGCGACGUUGCCAUGCUCAUCCUUGACUGCCGCCGACCAAUGCUGUUACUAGAGCUGGGUGUAGCGGAUGCAGGAAAUUCUGGCAGCGUGCUUGUGAUAUUUGAUGCCAUUCUCUGGCGAGAAUAUGGUUCCAGAGACAACAGCGAUGGCGGAGGGAAGAAACUCGAGCCGAUCGGAUGCUGCUGCGGCGAAGAUGCCGUGCUGGUGAAGCCACUGUGGCCAGUGCCAAACACGGAUGUCACAGCCAAGGCUGACACAGGGGUUGAUACUGAGGCUGAAGCCGAAGCCGACACUGAGGCCGAUGCCGAGAGUGGUGCUGACGGAUAUAUCAUUGGACUGUUAGGAUCCGCUGCACCCCCAAACGCGCCUGCUACGUGCUGCGACGCCUCUGUGGGCAGCAGCUGGAAUGAUGAUGCUGUUGACGAAAAUGAGCACACGGAUAUCGAUCGCUUGAACUGGUAUGACGCCAGCGACUCCAGCUCUGUGCCCGCCAUGGAAUCCAUCAUGGAGGAUGUUGACGUAUACGACGCUGCGACUGAUGACACGUCUGACGGUUGCGUUGCUGCCGCUGAGAAAGCCCAUCCCGAAGCCCGAGUAGUUAGGUUGAUGUACACUGCCGCUGCUGCUGCGGCCAUACAUGCUACUGGUGCCACCUCCACCGCCACCACUGCUGCUGGAUAUGCUUUCACGGCUGGUGUGCUGUUGAAAUUCCAGUAUAACAGUAGGAAAUGA